GCAUCGUCUGCAGUUUAAAGUCUGCUCCAUUUAAGUUGUUUUUGCAGAGAUGCCUGGCCUUCUUCUAAUAAGAUGACCCUCAAUAUGAUGAAUUUCAGUGUAGACAAGACCCAGGAAAGAUCAAGAAGUCAAUAAUGGCGACCAAACGUCUGGCUUUAGAGCUUGGUUUGGUGCAGAAGAGGCAGACAAAGACUAGUGUCAUUAACAAAAUACCAAAAGCAAACCAAGAGUUUGACUACAUAGUUGUUUUGGAUUUUGAGUCAACGUGUUGGGAAAAUGGGCCGCGCCUCGGAGGGCAAGAGAUUAUCGAAUUUCCUGCUGUUCUUCUUGAUGUUUGUGAUGGGAAGAUUGUGUCUGAGUUUCAGCAAUAUGUGAUGCCUAUGGAGCAGCCUGUUCUAUCAGCAUUUUGUACAAACCUGACAGGCAUAACACAGGAGCAGGUUGACAAUGGAAUUCCACUUGGAGCCUGUCUCUACAUGUUUUCAACAUGGAUUCGGAAGAUGGGUGAAGAGUACAAAGUAACAUUCAAUGCCAAUGUGUCUGGCAAACGUGCAACCUUUGCUACUUGGUCAGAUUGGGAUCUUGGUGUAUGUCUCCAGUAUGAAUGCCAAAGAAAAAACCUGAGAAAGCCUGAAUUUUUCAAUCAGUGGAUAGACAUUCGUGCUGUUUAUAAGAAUUUCUACCAGCGACGUCCCCAGGGUCUUGCUGGGGCCCUUAAGGAUCUAGGAAUUGCAUUUGAAGGCAGAGAGCAUUCGGGGAUUUGCGAUACACGUAACACCGCUGCACUAGUUUCACGUAUGGUGCGGGAUGGGUGUGUCUUGACUAUCACCAAGACGUUAGGAACCAAAACUAAGGAAUUCUCCAUGAAAGCAGCAGCACAGAAAAUCUUUAACCAGGUGACAGCAGUAGGGAAGAGGAAGUCUGAUGGCAAUCAAGAAAACACUGGAUUAAAAAGAAAGCAAAAGACCCAAGACUUACUUACUGUACCUGAAGAAACAGCUAAUGGAAAAAAAAUACAAAAUUCUUCAGUAAUGUAUCAGGACCAUUCUUCUUCAGUACUUGCAGAUGGAGGUGUACAAAGUUACAAAGAAAAAUAUACAAGUGCUAUAAGUUUUGAUCUUGGCUUUCAGGAUAUCGUGAGUGAUACAGGAAAUGAGUUUGAAAAGAAAGAGCAGUGUGGAAAUAGGUCUUUUGUUAGUAAGGAUAAAAAUGAUAAAAAUAAUUCAAAUGAAGACUCAUCCUCUUCAAAUGGAGUGUUUAAAGUGCCAAAUCUUGCCCUUUGCAAAAUAAAGAGUUUAAUUUCAAAUACAUCUAAGACUUCAGCUAUUAAUAAUUCAAAAACACCUAAACAAUCUUCUGGUACACCAAAACUCUUAAAUUAUACCAGUAUUGAAACACCAGUGAGCUGCAAUAACAAUAGAAGAGAGGGUUUGUCAGAUAUGUCUACUAAUUGCAUUCAGAACAGUGAGUUAAAUAGAUCUGAAUUUAAUGUGUCACUGUUUGAUGUUCAGGGUUUUAAAAAGACUCCUCCCCUGUGUGACUGUGGACGAAGAGCCAAGCUUCUCCUUGUGUCCAAACCAGGUCCUAACCAAGGAAGACAUUUUUUCUCAUGUCCCAGUGGAAAGUCUAAUCUGAAAAGAUGCUGUACUUUCUUCAAGUGGGAAAAUGAUCCAUACAUAAAAUCAUCACCCAAAGGGAACAGUUUCAGGACACCAAUGGCAAAUCUGAACAACCAUCUUUUAUCGAAAACUUUACCACUUAACAGAUCCAUGCACAAGCAAAAAACAUUAGGUAUUCGAAGGGUCUAUAGUGAAGUAACUCAUAACAAGAGGUAUUAUGCACAAAAGGCCAAAUUUGGUGAAGGAACAUCUGCAGACUCUGUCUGUCAUAAUGAAAACUCUGCUGAUGUAUCAGUUCAAAUUACUCCAUACAUAGUGAAGACUAAACAAAUGUGUAGCAGUAAUAUCAAAUAAAUAUUACUGAACAUUUUAUUCCCUUGUGUAAAGUAUCUGCAAAAAUAUGGUAUAAUAUACAUGCAUGCCUGCAAAUAGAGAUAAAGCAUGAACGAUCAUAUAUGUUUUAAUUUAAUGAAAUAGUCAUAAUUUAAGAAUUACUUUAUACAACAUUUAUGAAUUAAAAUAUGACUGAUCCUUAAUUAUGUCUUUUAUAUGAUAUUUGAAUAUUAAAAUGUACUUCAAAGAAACAAAUAAAAGUGAAUUUGAUGAUAUAUAAGCUUUGCUGGAUAUUUAUAUUUUAUAAACAGUUCUGCAUAACCUGUUGCAUCACAGAGAAAAAUACAUUUUCAGCUUAAUGUUUAAAGAUGUAAUAAAGAGGAGUAAUGAAAAUGUGGGUAAAUCUGUAACAAGUUAUUUUUACUUCAUAAAUGACAGAUGAAAAGUCUUCUUUGUCUUAGUCCAUUAAAGCCAAAUAUAUGUAUACACAUGCACUGUUCACAAUGUUUUUUUCUUUCUUUUUUUUUCUUCCCUUUUCUUUUUUUUUCUUUGACACAUAGAUGACUUCAUAGCUAACCAAAGAGUCAUUUGCUAGGCCUACUUGACAUCAACUGUUUACUCCAUUCCUUAAUUUUUUUGGAAAAGAGUUUUCACUUUUAGUGCUAUUUUGAUUAUAAUUAAUGAUAUAAGAAUGUGGAUAAUAAAAAAUAUUAUUAUAAUAAGAAUAAAGAUAAUAAUAAUAAUAAUAAUAAUAAUAAUAAUAAUAAUAAUAAUAAUAACAACAGUUGUAACACUAAUACAAGUAACUUCAAGUCAAGUAGGUCAAGUAAUUGACUCCUUAGUGACCAAGUGCUUUUGGAGCCAUCUAGGUGUAAAAAACAAAUAACAAAGCAAUGGCCUAGUCAGUUAAUGUAUUGUGUACAAAUAAUAUAUGACUUAAAUUUCUUUUCAAUUUCUUUAUCAGCCAUCCUCAAUAUAGUAAAGAAAAAAAAAACUGGUCAUUUAAUGUAAAUGUAAGCACUAUCAGCCCAAUGUAUCUGAGAUUAUAAGGAUACCACAUAAAUUACCCAAGCAUAUUCAAACCAUUUGUCUGCCAGUUUUAAUCUAUAUAUAAAACUGAAAUAACAGGUGUUUGUUUGUAUGAUACCUUUGUCUAUAAUCCAAUAAUAAUAAUUCUGUACUCUAGACCCCCCUAAUCCUUUGCCCAUUGCUAUUGUGGGGGGCUUAGGAGACAGAGACUGAGACCCAAUAUUGGGGAUGUCUCCUACCUUGGGCCUCAGCUCAAUCAAAUUUUCAUGGUCUUUUCUUCUUCCCUUUCCAUUUACUUCUCUUCUUCAACCCCUUCUACUAUCUACUUCCUAAGGUAUGACUGUGUUGAAAGGAUGAAAGGCUGACUUUCUGCCAGUCAUGAACAGCCUUGAGGGGCUAUGGGCACUGCAUUCCUGUUUAGAUGCCAAGCCCUUACCCCUCAAGGGGACCCUAAGCUGUGGACCAUUUCUCUCCCAAACAUACUUCUAGUCAGUAAUGAAGAAUUUGUACCUUUAUUAGGGGCAGUGAGGCUUGCCCCCUUAUCAACUAGCCCCCCUGAUUUCAAUUCCCCCAGUUCUCUGACCUCAGGUUCUCCUUUGACCACAACUCUGACCACUACUACUACCCCAUCCUCAAUGCCUUUGUCCAUAGUAUUAUGUCACUUAACACCACUCCCUCUUCCAAAGCUUCAAUC